AUGGCAGUUGAUGUUGUAAGUCCAAGAAUCUCAUUCUCUUAUGAUCUAAGAGAAGCAGAUUUCGUGCCAGUAGAAUCCCAAAACCCUCAAUCAGAUUUGGAUUUCAUUGAUUUUGAUUUCUCAAUUGGUGAUCAUUUCUCGUUAGAACUUUCAUCUGCUGAUGAACUCUUUGCCAAUGGCAAAAUCCUUCCCGUUGAAGUCAAGAAAUUCGAGCCCACCAAAGAAAUUUAUCAAGCAGAGCCAAUUGAACCAAGUCCAUCUGCACAGACUCGUAAAUUUGUUCAAAAUUCAAAUGAAGACACGGUUACAAAGAAGAAGACUCUCAUAGAAUUUUUAUCAAACACCUGUGAUGCAGAAGAGAAGCCACCCACAAAACCAUUUUGGCAGUGCAGAAGAAGCUACAGUUUAAAUUCUGACAAUGGAUUGCUUCGAUCUUUAAAGUUUCUAUCGAGAAGCAAUUCGACUGGUUCGACUCUGAAUCCGAAGCCAUCGGCAUUGCCGAAAGUUAUUCACAAGCAGAAUUCACUGAAAGAGCCAUCAACUAAGAACAAAAACCCAUCUGCAAAUUCAUCACUUUUCAGCCAAAACUAUUCCAAUAAUGCACCAAAAAGACCUCCAUUGAACAAGAGUUCAAGCAGAUCUUACGGCAAUGGAGUUCACGUUAAUCCAGUUUUGAACAUUCCUCCAACUUACAUUGCCAAAGGUACUGUAACUUUAUUUGGUUUGGGUUCAUUGUUCUGCAAUGGAAAAUCCAAAAAGAAGAAAAGAUGA